CAUGGUACGUGCUUGUACGACAUUGCCCUGUUUAUUUGUGUAAAGGUUGAAAAUGGCGGUGGGCAGACACCAACGCGAGAAUUAAUGCUUUUAAGCAGCUUGUUUUAACAAUUGAUGCAAUACAAACAAGUUAAGGCUGGAAAAGUAUUCAUUUUUAAAGAUAUUUUUGGAAGAAAUCAACCAAUGGAAACACAACAGACGAUGUGUGGGACGUUUUAGGUAGGGAAUAUCUUUAGGCAGCCAUCAACUGGGUAGUUGUAAUUGCAGGGUUGUUCAUUUCCAACCAGUAUAAUGUCUCAGAAUUUUUUUGUAACUUUUUUUGUUAAUCACGUCUUUCUAUUGACAAAAUUAUCAUAUCGUAUUGAAAGCGGUCUGGUGAGGGGCGCAAUCUGUUUCUUCAGCGUUUGCAUCUGAAUGUAUGCAGAUAAAUAAUCGUUUCAUCAGGUAAUGUUAGUAAGCUAGUUGCUUUCUCGCUAGCAAGCAAGAAAUUAGCUAGCUGGCUAGCUAGCUAGCGUGAAGUUGCUAGACAUUUGGAGAUCUGACAGCUAAUCGAUUUGACAGUCAGAUGCCAUUGCCAACUGCUCUUCCAUGUUAACAGUGGGAUGGUGAUUGAUGAAGGGAAGGGAAUGGCCCUGGAGCCCCAUCCCCACCAGACCUGACCUGAGCCUGCCUGCCUGCUCCUGCCCCCACUGCAGAGGAUCCCAGCCACUGCAGCCACCCAUGAGUGCCAUUCUGAAGCCAUAGAUCAAGUGUGCUGAAGCUCAAGAUGAGUGCCAGUGAAGACGGCACCCCUGAACCUGUCUCCCUAGAGUCCCGCAAAAGGAAAGGCUCACCAUGUGACACAUCUGGCCAGAGUGUGGAGAAGCAGCGACGGGAGCUGGAGUGCCGCUAUAUUGAUGACCUGGCGGACUUGCUUUCAGACCACAUGGGCGACAUUGCCAGCUUGAGUGUCAAGCCAGACAAGUGCCACAUUCUCAAGAGUACUGUGGACCAGAUCCAGAACAUCAAACGCAGAGAGCAAGAAAAAGCAGAGAAAGCAGAUCUGGUUUCUCCAGAUGAUGAGGUGCAGAAGAGUGACAUAUCUUCCAGCAGUCAAGGAAUGGUGGAAAAAGAGGCUCUAGGACCACUGUUAUUAGAGGCCCUGAAUGGCUUCUUUUUUGUGGUGAAUCGAGAGGGUCGUAUUGUCUUUGUGUCUGAGAAUGUGAGCAGUUACCUGGGUUACGCCCAAGAAGAGCUGAUGACCUCCAGUGUCUAUAGUAUCCUCCACGUGGGGGACCAUAAUGAGUUUGUGCGUAGUCUGCUCCCCAAGAGCUUGGUGAAUGGAGUGUCAUGGCCUCAAGAAUCAGGGCGGAGGAACAGUCAAACCUUUAACUGUCGUCUGCUGAAGAGGCCACCAGACGAGGCCGACUCGGAUAAUCAGGAGGCACGUCAACAGUAUGAGUCCAUGCAGUGCCUCACUGUGUCUCAGCCUCGCUCUGUGCUGGAAGAGAGAGAAGAUCUGCAGAGCUGCCUCAUCUGUGUUGCCUGCCGAGCACCCCGUCCACCACAGGUCCCUGUUAGUACAGAGUCCUUCAUCACAAAGCAGGACCCAACAGGGAAAAUAAUCUCCAUAGAGACGAGUGCUCUAAGAGGCACUGGUCGGCCGGGUUGGGAGGACCUGGUCAGGAAGUGCAUCUAUGCCUUUUUCCAGCCGCAGGGCAAGGAGUCCUCCCAUGCCAAGAAGCUCCUUCAUGAGGUGAUGACCCAUGGCACAGCCAUCAGUCCACUGUACCAUUUCACACUCAGUGACGGAACUUCUCUUAGUGCCCAGACACGUUGCAAGUUCUGCUGCCCUCCCAAUCCUGAUGUACAGCCCUUCAUCUUGGGCAUCCACACCAUUGACAGGGAACACAACACUUCUAGCUCUCAGGAACACGCUACCCCUAGCCUUCCCCCAUCCCUCAGCAGUCCCAGCCAGUCCCUGUGUCGAUCCCCUGCUGUCCAACCAGCCAGUGACAUUGGCACCAGCCUCCAUCUGAACAAUGGCAACAGUGCUACUACAGGCCCUGCCACGCCCACUAGCCAUGGAGGGUACCUGACCCCAAACCGUGUUUGCCCCCAGCAAGUCAGUAGCCCCUCUCCGCUGGGGAGUCCCCUCACAGUAACCCCUACCUCUUUCAUGUCUCCCAGACCUCCGCGAGGGAGCCCUGGUCUGGGUAGUCCUCGUGUGCCUGCAGGGUACGCUUUUUCCCCACCUUCUUCUGGAGCAGGUGGCAUGCCCUCUCCAGCAGGUAUGCUGGCCCGCCAGCAGGUAGGUGGUGAAGGUACAGGUACCUCCGUAAGCUUCUACCUGUCCUCUCCCCCUCCCUCACAGCAAACACUCACCCCCAGUAGCUCCCCUACGUGUUCACCCCAUGGGAAACCCAUAGAGGAGACCCGGGUUGGGGAUAGUGGCUCCAAAGUAGCUGUGCUGGGCACCUUGAAGCUCCAGCUGCUGGACGGGGCAGUGUUGGUCUCAAGUAGCCAGUCAGCCAAUCAAGACUCAUCUCCGCCUCCACCUCUAUCUGCCCAGUGCCCUGCCUCACACAGUACGCUGACGGAGCGCCACAAAAUUUUGCACCGUCUCCUGCAAGAUAACAGCCCUGGGGACCAGGCUGAUGCCAACAGGAAGGAGCCUGACAUCAAGAAGGAGCCUCCAGCCAGCCCCAGUCUGCUGACUCUCCCCACCUGUGGCUCCAGGGAGCCUCAAGACCACCAGUUGUUGCGCUUUCUCCUCGACACAGAUGAGAAGGACCUGGGAGACCUGCCCCCACCAGCUGCUCUCAGCCUGCAGACAGUGCGUGUGAAAGCAGAGAAGAAAGGGAAUGGAGAGACCGAGAGUGCGUGCGCUGCAAGCACAGCCAUUAACUCUCCUAAAGCAAGCAGGAGGCCCAGCAGCUCGCACUCUUCUACUUCUGACCUGGACACACUCAACCAGCUGCUUCCAUCAAUCGGGGCUGUUGGAGGGCUAAAGACAGCAGAAGAGCAGGGGGUCCCCCCUCCUGCCGAGGACGAUAUAACAAAGAGUGUCAGUGUCAAAGAGGAGCCUCCUGGGACCCCUGGCCGUGUGUUCAGCGAUGGAUCCACUGCUCAGAGGCACGCUCCAUUUGACUUCUGCAGUCCAUCCACUCCCACACAAGUGCAGGUCCAGAGUCCUGUAGUAGGACCAGGCCAGGGCCAGACAGACCUCGACCAGCAGCCCAAAGGGUUGCCUAAGGAGGAGAUACCAGAUGCAGCUAGGCAUCAUGGGGAGCCCUUCCAGCCAUUGUCCUUGGGUGAUGCACAGCCCUUCCAGCCAGUGUCCUUGGGUGAUGCACUGCCCUUCGACAGUAGCUUGGCAUCCCCAACACCUUCCCACUUGCCUUCCCCACAAGAUAGGCAGGGUGUUCCUUGCCCGCUGGAUGAGAUGCUGUGCCCCCCUACCACACCUGAGGGCCGCAGUGAUGAGAAAGCCCUGCUGGAGCAGCUGGUGUCUGUCCUGAGUGGCACAGAUGAGAGUGAACUGGCAGAGCUGGACCGAGCCCUUGGGAUUGACAAGCUGGUACAGGGUGGAUGUCUCGAACCCAUGGCCCAGCGAGUCCCCACGCAGCCUUCAUCAGCCCCCAGCAUGACCAUGGAUCCUAAGCUGCCAGCAUAUUCAGCUCCGUUCUCCCAAGGUCCUCCUGGGUUCCCCACAGACAUGGCUGGGGCACAUGGGUUUGGCCUUGGCUCACCACGAGGAUCUUUCCAAGGGGUCAUGGCUCUCCGGCCUGGACUGUCCCGUGCUCCUACCACACCCAGUCUGCUCCGCAUGGCCCCAAACCAGCUCAGACUCCAGCUCCAGCAGCGUCUCCAGGGACCACAGCAGAAUCGCCUUCUGGCUAUGGGGCAGUUUCCACAGGGAGGACCUGUUUCCAUGGGACUGCACCAGUCAGGCUUGCAAGCACCACAGCUCUCAUCGCAGCAGCCUCCACUGAAUGCUCAGAUGCUGGCUCAGCGGCAGAGGGAGCUCUACAGCUUCCAGCACCGCCAACGACAGCUUCUGCAGCAGAAGGUGUUGAUGAUGAGGCAGAGCAUGGCCCCGGGGCAGCUGGGCAUCCAGCGACUACCUAAGGGUCUCCAGCAGCCGCAGCCAGGCCAGGGCCCUUCACAGAGCCAACAACAGCCAUUUGGCUUCUCCGCUGGAUAUAGCACUGUAUCAGGCAGCACCCCCUCCUCGCCCAGUCAUUUCAGUCCAAUGAGAGGGCCUCUCGACCCCAAACUUCCUGGAAGGGGGGCCUUGGGGAACCAGAACAUGAUGGGAGCUGUACAAGGGCAGUUUGGGGCCGCAGUGAAUUCACUUGGACAAUACGGCCUAGUUCAGCCAGGAGAGCCAUCUUUCCCACCUGAACUCAGCCCAACCAGCCCCCUUCUGUCACCGCAGAAUUCCACCUCACAGAAUGCUCUGUUGCAACAGGCCCAACAGUCAACCAUAUACCAAUCAACAGAUAUUAAUACAAAUUGGCAGCAAGCUGGAAUAGGCAACAACAGUUUGUUUAGCCAGACUGGACAGAAUGCCCCCCAGGGCUUAUACAAUAACAUGAGUAUCACGGUGUCCAUGGCUGGGGCCUCAGGGGCUGUUGGAGCAAUACCUCCAAUGGGGUCUCCUGUUGCCAUGGGCAACAGCAACCUUGGCAGUGUCAGCUCCAUAUGUAAUGAUCAGGUACAGCAGGUUCAGGUGUUUGCUGAUGUUCAGUGCACAGUAAACCUGGUAGGGAGUGACUCCUAUCUCAAGCAGCCAGGUCCUAUGGGGCCCCAUAAAGGGCCAAGUGGAGCUCAGUCGGCCCAGUCACAGCAGAAGAGUCUCCUGCAGCAGCUCCUGACAGAGUGAACCCCUGAGGAGAGUGGAGAAGCUUCUCCACACAUAGAGAUCGAUUUUCUUCACGUUUUGAUUUCUUUACAGUGUAUGAGCAGCAUUACUGAGUCUUGGGCUAUACUCCGCUGAUGGGGUGUUCCCUUGGCAGUAAAGGUAUCUUGGAGCCUUCUAUUUUGACCACCGACUUUUCAAAAUCUACUUCUGUGUGGAGGAGGAUCCUGUUCCAGACCAGCUCUGUGUUUGAGGGACGUGCUACCUCUCCCUAGUUUUGCCCUCUCAGUCAGUUUCUCCUAGUGCUGCUUGGAGACCAGGGGAGUGUCUGAAUCCAGAUGGGUCAAAAUGGGAAACGUUGGCCUUUUUCUAGGAGGAUUUGUUAACACUGGCUUUGGCCAAGUAUCGGGGAUGGUGUUUCUUUCCCGUGCAUUGAAGGCUUAGUUUCAGCUGGAUCUGUGACACAUGGCUCCCUGCAGUGCCUGAUGGGAUACCUUUCCCAGUUUGUUAUUUUUAUUAUUAUAAUUUGGGGGCAGUUGAAUUCAUAUCUAUCUGUUGUCAAUGGCAGAAGGAACAGAUGGAUACUGCACUGUAGUAUAAAGUCUACUACAGGUUUCUCCUGGGAGAGCGCCCCGCCCCUCAGCAGCUGUGAAGAAGAGCCUUGCAGGCUCCUGUUGGCCUCCGAGUGUUGUGUGCCAGGCAGGAUGGCAUUGUUGUACAGCACAGGCAAAGACAUUCUCUUUCUACCUACCUACCUUAAAACAACUGUCACUUUUAAAACAUCAAUAUUGUGGAUUUCUUAAAUCAGGUUUUCUAUGCUAUACAUGGGACAUGUGCUUUUCUGAUGUCAGAAUUAAGAAUGCCCCAGAAUGAAGUGAUGUUUUCCACAGAGAAAACACAUCGGCCUACAAAUGUAACUUAACUAAAUCUUGUUUUGUCAGGGGAUAUUGAAUUUGACAAAAGAAAUGAUCAUGUUAUUGGAAUAUAGAAAAUGUAUCUAAUCAGGUGUGUUAAGUAAACAUUAUGAUUCACCUUCAGUUCUUUAAAGCAUCUCAAGGAAAUAUAAAUACAUGCUCAGUGCAGCAAUGUGAUGCACCAAAUACUAUAUUCCCAAGAGUAAAACACCCUUGCGUUCCUUUCCUCUGGAUCUGGUGUGAUAAGGUCCCUGGUCCUCCCACUAAAGGCUGCACACUACAGCUUUUUGACUGCUCCUGUGACUACUGUGUUUCAGUCAGACACUGUCUAUCGGCACUACAAGUUUUUCUUUCCGUAUUACUCAACUGCUUAGGAUCCACAACUCCAAGUAGUCCAAUAUUCCCACAUACCUCAAGGCUGGGAGAAACAGUGUGUCUUACCAAGCAAUAACCCUAGACAAGAGGAUUUAGGGAUCAUUAAGAUUCCUUCAGAUCUCAUUCAUUGUGGUGUAUCAGUAUUUGGCCCUGAGGAAUUCAAAAGCUUUUUCAAGGGGAUAUUUCAGCCGUUCUUAUCGAUGUCUUUUUCUGCAUAUGCAAGGUUCUUCACAGAAUGUGCAGCAUUACUCUAGGAUGACAGAUCAACUUAGGUUUUUGAUUCUACUCAAUUAAUAUUGAUCAAUGUAGGUGAUGUGUCCAGUUUCUGGUGUGUGUGUGUGUGUGGGGGUGUGUGUGUGCGUGCGUGCUGCGUACGUGUGUGUGCGCGAGUGCAUGCAUGCAUGCAUGCGUGUAUUUGUGUACUAUGUAUUCAAAUACUGACUCAGAAGCCCUCUCUUCUGCCAUUCCACAAGACAACCUUUUACAAUUGGAAAACAGUUUGAUGUCGUCUUGGUCACUUCGGUUACAUUAAGAAAUAACUGUCAAGGAAAACUAAAAACUCUUCCUGUCCAUUUGGUACAAUAUACAACAGAUGUGAGUACACCCCUGUGCAAUAUACCUUAAAUGUCAAAUGAUUCAAAAUUCUAUCACCUCUCAAUUAUUACAUGACUUCUUAGUUGACAAGUAAAAUGUUUCAUCUUAUGAUUAAUCUUUAAACACUUUAGAAAGACUAUAUUGAAAAUACUGGCCUCAAAGUAGAAACUCAAUGCAACAAAGGUGGAUACACCUGUGAUCACUCACACAAAUUAUAAACCCUUUGAUCAUUGAAACAAAAUGGAGUGCCUAUGAAUAUACCAAAAUACUGGCUAACAAGAUGACUCACUGUCUCCAGAAGCUUGGCAGAAGAGGAAUAUUCCAGCAUGAUAACGAUCCAAAGCACAAAAAUAACGGCCAAAAAAUGCAAGAGGUUUCUAAAGAAGAAGAAAAUGGAAACUAUGAGCUAGCCAAGUAUAUUGCCUGACUUGAUUCCAAUAAGACAUCUUUGGGGUAUUUUAAAGUACACAACCCCUUCAGCAAAAAGCAGCUGCAAAAAAAUAGUCUGUGAAGAAUGGCAGAACAUCAAUAAAAGAAAGAAAAGAAAAGAAAGAAAAUGAUCGUGAAAAAAUGAAAGAUUUGAAUCUCAGCAAUGAAAGUUGUACUGACUUUUGUUGCAUUGAAAUUCUACUGUGGGGCCUGUAUUUGAAAUAUAGAAACAGAGUAAAUACCCUACUGUUCAACUUUCUACAUUCUAAUUGUCAACUUAGAAGUAAUGCUAUUAUUGUAAGGUAGUACCAUUUUGAAUGAUUUGACAUUUAAGUGAAAUUGCACAGGGUUGUACUCACUUCUGUUAAAUACUGUAUGUCUAAAUGUUUUUGUUGGAGAUAGAAAUUGUAUGGUUUGAAUUGAUGGAUGAGUGAUGAAUGUUUUUAAAUAAGUCCUGGAAAUGGUUUCUUACUAAUGCAUAAGAACAUAUUUGUGUACGAUGGACAGGAAGAAUCUCAUAUAUACUAUAUAAACCCUGUAGUUUAUUUCUGUUUUGUUUAUCUGUCCAAGAAAUGGUGAAGACAGAGGGUUCCUGAGCCUGUGUUUAACUGAUCAAUCAACCCUAUUUUUAUAAGAUGAAUGAAUUGAUGGAUAAAAAUAUACUCAUUGGGAAAAUGUAGAAAAGGAAGCCACAAAAAUGAAAACUGCUAGUGACUAGUGUUUUGCUAGUGUGUUGACCAGCUGAUGUUGCCUUCAAAAAGUCAGAAAAAAAAAACAUAUGGUUUCUAAGAUGGUAUUGUAACAUUUCUGUUGUGCCUCUCUGGGAACUGGCUUUCCGGUUUUGAGAGUUGGUCAAAUGAUUCCAUUCAUCUGAUUUAUCUACCCCUGUAACAAGCCCUUUUUCCCACCAUAUUGGACUUUAUGCCAAAUAUCCAGCACUAUUUUACCGUGCCUGUUAACAAUGGGUUAGUCUGUUAUGCAAGUGAUUAGGUGGCGAUGGUUUACAUUCAGUACAGCACAGAGAUACAAAGAAAUUAGAAACUUUGCUUAACCAGUAAGCCUGUAUAUAACAGACAAUGUGAAUAUUUACCUGAUCAGAAUCAAUUAUAUGUAGUGCUUCAAGUUUGUGGUCAUAA